AUGCGAUCCACCCAGUUGCCUAAUGGACAGUCCUUCUCCGUCACCCCGGUAUUUGGGGGUUUUACUUUCAAGUCCAACAAUCUGAGUCAGGGUAGUUCAAACCUUCCUCCGGGUUGGACUGUUGUCCUGGGUACGCGACGUCAACCUGACGAGAUUCCUGAAGAAGAGCGGCCAGACCAUGAGCGCGGCCGAGCUCUAGAGCUAGAGAAGAGAGGAUCGGAUAUAUCCCAGGUCACUCGGUUUACUGUUCCUACCUUGUCUCAGGAUGAGCUCUAUAUUUCAUAUAUCGUCAACCCCCCGGACGCUGAUUUUAAGCCUGUCGCCUCUCCAACUCGGCAGAUCGCCAUGAUGCUUUGGGUCACUCUAUAUUGGUACUUCCAUGAGCCUGAACCCGAACGCCAAUUGAGCACGGCAGCAUCAUCGAACACGCCUGCGGCUGGAAGACCCAAGGGAGAUUGGCGAGUAAACAUCAAGCGAGAGGGUAUCUUCACCGGCCGCAAUGUGUUGCAGAAGCUGGAGCGCAUGGGGUUACUUGCCUGUGAAAAUUCAUCUGUUGGAGCCGAACCAAACAGCAUGGAUAACUGGUCGCACAUGUUCGUCAGCCAGCACAGUUUCUGGCAGCUUGAUCCGCGCCUGUAUCUCUUCACAUUAAGCCCACAGUCGUUUACGCGUUCUCUGGGGGGCUCGCCGUUCGGGAGAGUUGCUUCGCCGUCCCGCGAGAGCUUGUACCUAAACGACCCGAAUUCUCGUCCAAGAUCUGCAGGUUCGGGUCACUAUACACCUAGCGAGGGACCUUUUGCUUCUCAUAGCCACCUUCCGACUUUCUUUCCCGCCCCGCCUACUCAAUUCACAUUCACAAAUGGCGUGAGGCACCCAAUCAGACAGAAGCCGCCUCACCAAGGAGAAGUCUUCUAUGUACGCUACAUACCAAGCGUUCAGCAAUACCUCUCCUUCCGAGUCCCAUACUUGCCUCCCCGGGGAGAUAAAACUGAAAGGCCAACUCCAGCCCGUGCAUUCAGCCCGGUGAGCAGCAUAGACCAGCCGGACCAGAACUCACCCUCGGACCUUGAUUAUCUGCAUAAAUGGAUGAACGACCCGCGGGUCAAUGCAUCCUGGGGAGAGGCUGGCCCAAUUGAGCAUCAAGAGAAGUUCCUCCGGACGAAUCUUUCUAGUAAACACAGCUUUCCAGUGAUUGGGUGUUGGGAUGGCCAGCCCUUCGGCUACUUCGAGAUAUACUGGGUCAAAGAAGAUCGGUUAGGGUCGUUGAUCGGGGGUGCCGACAACUACGACCGAGGAAUCCAUCUUCUAGUAGGAGAGCAGGAUUAUCGCGGACCACACCGAGUCAACGCAUGGCUUUCUUCGCUGGUCCAUUUCUGCUGGUUAGCGGAUAUGCGUACUCAAACUGUGAUGUUGGAACCGCGGGUAGAUAAUACAAAGAUAAUCAGCUAUUUGCAAGGAGCAGGGUUCUACAAAGAUGGCGAGGUUAGGUUUCCUCACAAGCAGUCAGCGCUGAUGAAGAUCCGGCGUGAUAACUGGGAUGCCCCUGCUAACCCAAUCAUCUCCCCCGCCAGCCUGUGUCGCUCAUCCUAUAUCAUUCCUUCAUCACCCCCGGAGCUCAUCAUGCCUGUCACAUCGUCCGCUUCCCAAUCACCAUCUCGCAGUCUGAUUCAACGUGACGACAUUCUCCCCGAGAACCCUCCGCUGGACGAGCCCCUGCUUGCUGUGCAAAUUGGUGGCAUUGUUGGAGCAUACGUGAUCUUCGUUGCCAUCGUCUUGACUCUGCUUCUCGUGGUCGGCCGUCGUCUUCGCAGAACAGUCCAGGCGUCGAACUACACUCUACAAGUGGAAAUGAUGAAGCCAAAGGGACCCAUCGCCGCCCAGUCGGCUGCACCCUCCAUGGAUCCAAGCCCCGUCACCCCGACUAACAAGUCGCACGGCUUCAGAUCCUGGACCAGUUUCACCAAAGGAGGAGGUCAUUCUCACUCUCGUUCCAACAAUAGCAGCGUGGGCACUAUCGACCACGAAUCUGUUGUUGCUGCCGACCGCCGCAGAGCCCAGGAUCAGAUGGAAAUGCUCUACGCUGCGGUCAUGGAGCAGGAUGAGCAGCGUGCUGCUGCCUCAACCUCUCCUAUAAGCCCUUCAGAUGAUGUAAGCUUGCAAGAGCUUUCACCGCGGUCUCCCGUGAGCUACCAGAGUGCAAACCCGUUCUCCGACUACGCCCCUCGGGUGCCUGAGCCACAGCCAUAUCAGCAUCAUUACCAGCAACAGUAUCCCCCGCCGGCCCCAGCACCAGCGGCAUUCCCAGCUGCACCCCCAGCGCCGGUAGCCGCAGUCCAUACGGCUGCCGCUCCACCCCCUGCAAGCCCUGGAGGCCGCUCAACAUCAUCUCGCUUCUCGCGCGUCUCAAACCUCUCACUUUUCCACUCCAAUCGUGACUCAAACGCUGCCCCCCAGUCGCCGAACGCAAGUAAACUUCGCUCGCCCCGUUUUCCCGUGCGCAAACUCGGCAUCUCAUCUCCGCUCGCUUCACCAGACCCCAAAACGCCAACCCUGGAUCAAGUCCCUCUCUCCCCACGCUUUUACAACCCCGCUCCCCCACCAAUGCCUCCGGGCGUCACCCGCACCAAUACUAACAACACAACCACCUCGCGCGGCUCAAACGAACGCCGUAACCCUCCUCCUGCUCUGAACCUCCAAGCUGCAUCACCCGGCGGGCCCGGAAACAGCUCUUCAUCCCUCCCCUUCCGUGACGCAUACCCGCAGCUCCUCAGCGCUCCACCCACAAAGACAACCAUCCUUGAGCGCCCAGAGAAGCAGAUAAAUGGACCUCGAACGGGAUUACCUACUCCAUACAGCCCUUACAUGCCGUUUACACCAUUGACGCCGCUUACACCGAGCCGGAUUGUGACGAAGAAGCAGCGCAAGCUGGCGGGUAAAGAAAAUGGGCUUAGAGCAGUUAACGAGGAGGAUGCAGUUAGGGAUGAGAAUGAUAUGUGGGGGUAUUAA